AAAUUAAAAAUUAAAAAAAAAAAAUCUGAAAAUUGUAUUACUCAGCUUCGUGAACUCUGCAAAAAUUUCGACCGGCAAAUAGUCGCUUUCUGAUUCGGAUCGAAGCAAAUUUUAUAAAUCUCGAAAACUGUGCUGAAAAUUCAGACAUAAACCCCCAAUUUAUCCUCGGGUUUAAUCUAUUAAUCCCCUCUGUGUCCCUUGAAGGCUCAGUUGUUCCCAUUUCUAGGGCUUGUGUGUAUGUGUGUUUUUUUUUUUUUGGGUUUUUUGUGUUGAUUUGUUUAUUCGUUGCAAGAUUUGGAAUUCCCAAAGUCGGAAUUUUUUCGGGUUGUUUAAAGAUCCGAAUCUUGUUCGUUGAGGGAAGUGAUUCGGGUUAUGAGCCAUUGAAAUGUCUGAGAAUCGUGAUACUGUGAGAGGUUUUGGAGCUGUGGAAGACCGAGAGCAACCACCGAGCCCUUCGGAUUCGGAUCAUGUAGACUCACCCGAUGAUCCGAAUGGGUUUGUCCAUGUCAAAACUCCGUCGUUCACGAACGAAAACGAUGUCGGUGGAUCGCUUUAUCAGCAGGAGGAUCGCUUCGGAGACGAUAAUGGUGGAGAGGUUCCUUCAGGAAGAGACCCAGAUGAGGGAAAGGUAACAGAGGAUGCGGCUAAAGAAGAUAUGUUCGUGGAUUGCCCGGACGAGUUGGUCGGAAAUGCCGAAGGCAAAGGACCUGUGGAAAUGGAAGAGAAUUCGGAGGAAAAACUUGAUUUUCGACGGGAAAAUGUGGAGCAGCUUGGUUUUCCAGCUUUUGAUGAGUUGGAACGCAUUCGGGCUAUGCCGGAAAAGACGGAAGAAAGAGAGGCUUUCGCUAGAGAAGUUGAUAACCUCAGGAACCAGCUUAAGGCUCUCACUCAUCAACUUCCAGAGUUGGUCAGUGAGGAUAAGACCUCGGAGUUGGUCACUCAUGCUUCGUUGUCUGUCUUGAUGAAUGAAUGUUCAAGGGUUAUUAACAGUGUUUAUGAAGAACGGUUGCAGACUGAGGCCACUAUAAGAGAACUUCAGUCGGUUCUUGUUAUGAAGGACCAGGAGAUUGAGGAUCUGAAUAUGAAGGUUAGUGAAUUCUCGGCAUUGAAUAAGUCCAUUGAAGUGUCUUCGGAGGUUCAGCGUGAAAAGGCCAUGUACUUGGAGAUGGUAACAAAUAGGGUUUUAGCAUCUCUUGCUGGGGUAAUAGGUCAACAAGGACUGUUAGAUGAUUCCAUUGGUGGAAAAUUGGAUUAUGUUGAAAAAGGAACUUAUUUUUUGGUUGAGAAGUAUAGGGAGAUACUUUUUGAAGUGGAUCAACUCAGGUUGUGUUUGUCUGACGACAGGGUAAAUGUUGGAAUUCAGGAGGAGUUUGGGACAGUUUUUGCUGCUGCACGUGAGGAGUUACUUGAGCUCAAAAGAAAGGAAUUGGAAUUUGCUGAGAAAUUGAGCAAUCUAGAAGACGAAAAUAGGAAAUUAGUUGAACAACUUGACAACCAGAGAAGGAUGGCUGAGACAGUGAACGAAGAACUUGGGAAAACAAAAAUGGAACUCGAGCAGGAAAAAGUUAGAAGUGCUAAUAUGAGAGAGAAGCUUAAUAUGGCUGUGACAAAAGGGAAAGGAUUGGUACAGCAAAGGGACUCGUUAAAAAAAUCCUUGGCUGAAAAAACGAGUGAGCUUGAGAAGUGCUUGGUCGAGUUACAGGAGAAGUUGAGUGCGCUGGAGGCUGCUGAGUUGAGUAAAGAGGAGUUAGUUAGGAGUGAAAAUACGUUGCAAGAAACACUGUUGCAGAGGAAUAUUGUCAUUGAGAAAUUUGAAGAAAUUUUGUCGGUCACUGAUUUACCUGAGGAAGUUUUAUCAAUGGACAUUGUAGAGAGACUAAGAUGGCUUAUUGAUGACAGUAAUAAAUUGAAGGGUGUUUCCCUGGAAUUUAACAAAGUAAAGGAUGCGCUAUCUCUAAUGCAUCUACCAGAAACUGUUUCAUCAUCCAGCUUGGAAUCUCAAGUAUGCUGGCUUCGAGAAUCAUUUUUGCAGGCUGAAACUGACUUAAAUGUACUGCAUGAGGAAAUUUCUGCCGUUAGGGAGGUUGCACAAAAAGAGAUAGGCCGCUUAACUGCUUCACUUUCAGCUGAACUACAGACAAAGGAUUAUCUUCAAGCAGAGUUGGAUAAUCUGACUUACAAAUUCCAAGAGAUUGUUGAAAAAGAGCAUCAGCUUUCCCUAGAAAAGGAUCAAAUAGUAAAAACAUUGCUUGAAGUCUCAGGAACUGCAGUGGACAAUAAAGGGGUCUACCAGCCUUCUUCUGACAUUCCAAUGCUCAUAAAAAAAUGCUUUGAAAAGAUGAAGGAACAGAGUGAUGCAUCUUUUGGUUCUUCUCAUUUUGACGUGGAAUUGUUUGAAGAAAUAAAAAACCAUUUAUAUUUAAGAGAUCUGGAAUUGAUGCUCUGUGAACUUAUAUUGGAAGAGGAGAUGGUGGUGAGGUCAGAGGUGAAUAAUCUGUCAAAUGAGUUGAGGAUGGUAUCUCAAGAACUAGUUGCAUUGAAGGAGGAAAAAGUGUCUCUACAGAAGGAUCUUGGUCGAUCAGAAGAGAAAUCUGCUUUGGUGCGAGAGAAGUUAACCAUUGCAGUGAAGAAAGGAAAAGGACUGGCUCAAGACCGGGAAAGCUUGAAACUUCAAUUGGAUGAGAAGAACUCAGAAAUUGAGAAGCUAAAACAUGACAUCCAGCAGCAAGAAUCAGCACUUGCUGACUGCAGGGACCGAAUUAGUAGUUUGUCUACCGAUGUAGAGUUAAUCCCUAAGUUGGAGGUGGAUCUUGCUGCCAUAAAAGAACAAAGGGAUCAAAUUGAACAGUUCUUAGUUGAGAGUAAUAACAUGUUACAAAGAGUAAUUCAAUCUAUUGAUGAAAUUAAUCUUCCAGUUGAUUCAGUUUUUGGAGAACCUGUAAGCAAGGUGAAAUGGAUUGCAGGAUAUAUUCGUGAAUGUCAGGAUGCCAAGACACAGGCUGAAACAGAGUUAGUUAAAGUACAAGAGGAAGUGAGUACUCUGGCUAACGAUCUAGCAGAAGCCCAAGAAAGUAUAAAAUCAUUGGAAGUUGCAUUGUCAGAUGCAGAGAAAAAUGUUUCUCAGCUUGCUGAAGAAAAGAGGGAAAUAGAAGUUCUUAAGAACACUGUUGAACAAGAGUUGCAGAAAGCCAUGGAAGAAGCUUCUUUGCAUGCUAGCAAGUCUGCUGAGGUUUAUGCCUCUAAGAAUUCACUUGAAGAGGCCUUGUCGGUUGCAGAAAAUAAUAUUUCUAUGCUACUCAGUGAGAAAGAAAGUGCUUUAGGUAGUAAAGCUGCUGCUGAGACAGAGCUAGAUGAGGUGAAAGAAGAGGUUGCUACUCAGAGCGGGAAACUAACAGAGGCCUACAUGACCAUAAAGUCACUUGAGGAUGCAUUGUCUCAGAUGGAGAGCAAUAUUACUUUACUGACCAAACAAAAUGAUGAUGCCCAAGUUGGCAGAACUGAUUUGGAAAAUGAGCUAAAGAAACUACAGGAGGAAGCUGAAUCUCAGGCUAGCAAGCUAGCAGAUGCAAGUUUAACUAUAAAGUCACUGGAAGAUGCAUUGUUGAAGGCAAAUAAUAACAUUUCUGCACUUGAAGGAGAGAAGAAAAAUGCUGAAGAGAUAUCAAUGCUCAAUUCCAAGUUAAACACCUAUAUUGAGGAGUUGGAUGGGAGCAAAGGCAGCAUGAAAAGCCGGUCUGUAGAAAUUACAGCUCACCUUAAUGAUCUUCAAGUACUUGUCAAUGAUGACACUCUGUUGUCCAAAGUGGAAAAAUACUUUGAGAAGAAAUUCAAUAGCCUGAAAGACAUGGAUUUCAUUCUUAUGAACAUAAGGGACCAUUUUGUUGGCAUGGGUUUAGAAGGGAUUCGAAAACAGCAAAUCAUGGAGGAAGAUACGUAUGUGACAAAAUCUUUCUCAGAUCAUCUUAGGGAUGUUUUUAACCUUGAGAAGGAUAAUGAUGAGAUCAGUAUUACAGAUGGUGAUGAUUUCUCAUCUUUUAGAAAGACUGUGGAAGGGUUUCAGCUGCGGAACAAAACUUUUGCUGAAAAGUUUGAACAUUGCUCUUCCUUUAUAGAUGACUUUCUUGCAGUUCUGUCGAGGAAGUUAGAGGCAACAAGGGAUGAAGUAUUGUUGAUAUUUGAGCACAUUGAAACUUUGAAAGACAAACUAAAUGACCUGGAGAUCUCUAAAGAAGAACAGAAGAAUACCAUAGCCUUCUUAGAAAGUGAUGUUACAACUUUGAUUUCUGCUUGUACAGAUGCUACUAAAGAACUGCAGUUUGAAGUUAAAAACAAUUUACUGGAACUGAGCUUGCUUCCUGAGCUUGAAAAAUUGAAACAUAGCUUGUCACUAGAGAUGGGAGAAAUUGGGGGAGAUCUUUCAGAAAAGGUUGAGCAACGUUUUAAUGGCAGCAAAUAUCUUAAAGAAGUGGAAAUGUUGCUACUUGCUACCAGAAAAGUUCGAGCUCUGAGCAAACAGUUUGAGAGCACAACUAAUUUGGCAGCCUCUGCAAUUGUUGAUUUGCAGAAUACAUUGAAAGAUGCUGAAACUGGUUAUGAAAAAGCCAUUGAAGAAAGGGAUCUGAAACAGAAUAGGAUUUCUAAAUUGGAUGCUGAGCUAGAAGUGUUACAAAAGUCUUGUAGUGAUUUGCAGAGUACAUUGGAAGAAGCUGAAAUUGGUCAUAAAAAGGCCAUUGAAGAAGAGGAUCUGAAACAGAAUAGGAUUUCCAAGUUGGAGGCUGAUGUAGAAGUGUUGCAGAAGUCUUGCAGUGAGUUGAAUCUUAUAAUAGAGGAUUUGAAACAAGUCGGAACUAAUUAUGAAAAAGCCAUUGAAGAAAGGGAUCUGAAACAAAAUAGGGUUUCCAAGUUGGAGGCUGAUGUAGAAGUGUUGCAAAAUUCGUGCAGUGAGCUGAGGCUUAAGCUAGAGGAUUACCAAGCUGAAGAGGAUAAGCUAAAGGAAAGAGAGGCAGAAGUUUCAUCAUUGCUUAAUUCCUUAACUAGGAAAGAACAAGAAGCAGAACACUCCUUAUCAGCAUCCCAACUCAAGGCCCUCUUUGACAAGAUCAGUGGGAUUCAGAUCUCUAUGGCUGAGUCAAAACUAGCAGACUUGGAGCCCCAUAGUUCAACUCACGUAAAGAAACUCUUCUACAUUAUUGAAAAUGUUCCUGACAUGCAGCAUCAAAUAAAGCUACUAUCUAAUGAAAAUGAAGAGCUACAGGUUACGCUUGCAGAACACACUAAUGAAAUACAGCAUCUGAAGGAGGAGGUAGAAACACAUGUUGGAGAUAAACUAGAUUUGGAAAAGAUGAAGAAUGAACUAUCUGAUGCCAUAUUUACUUUGGAAAAGAUUAUAGAAAGGUUGGGAGGUGAUGUUUUAGUUGGAGACCAAAUAUCUUCUGGUGUGAAGGGACUUCUGUCGGUGCUAGAGCAUCAGGUUAUGGCUUUGCUUUUGGAUUCUGAAAGUUCAAAAUUAAAAGCCCAAGAACUUGGUGCUCAGUUGGUUGGGAGCCAAAAGGUUGUGGACGAAUUAUCAACAAAGGUUAAAUUACUUGAAGAUUCACUUCAAGGUAGGGCUGUGCAGACAGAGAUCGUCCAGGAAAGGAACAUAAUUGAAGCACCUUCUUUGCCAACUGGCUCAGAGAUAUCAGAAAUUGAAGAUGCGGGAUCACUUGGAAAACCAACGAUUUCUCCAGUCGCAUCAGCAGCCCAUGUGCGGACUAUGCGAAAGGGUUCAACUGACCAUCUGGUUCUUGAUAUUGAUUCAGAAUCUAGUCGUUUAAUCAACAAUCAAGAAACUGAUGAGGACAAAGGUCAUGUAUUCAAGUCUCUAAAUACAUCAGGUCUCAUUCCGAAGCAAGGAAAGAUGGUUGCAGAUCGAAUUGAUGGAAUCUGGGUAUCUGGUGGUCGAGUUUUAAUGAGUCGCCCCGGGGCAAGGCUUGGCCUUAUUGGCUAUUGGUUAUUUCUGCAUAUAUGGCUAUUAGCAAGCAUUUUGUAACCGAGUCUUUGAUCAUCUACACCUUGAUCAACAGCUCAGCAUUUCAUGUCUGCAAAUUGUAUCAUAGAUACAUGACUAUAGUGCCCAUUUUUCCAUUUUUCCACUUUUCUUUUUUCUUUUUCUUUUUUCAUUUUUUUUAAUACUUUAAUCAUUUUAGAUGUGUCCGUAUAUAGAUGUUCGUUCCCCCAUUGAUUCUCUGCGAUCACAUUUUAAGGUUUCAGAGAAUGUAGCCCCGUUGCUUGUGGAUGAUGUUCCAUAUUCUUUUGACUUGUUCACUAUUGAGCUAUGUAGUUUCACAUUAAUAUAGAAGAAGAUGAAGAAAAAUCAUCAUAGACAGUUAUUUUUUUGACUUGCAA